GUGGAUCAUACGUUAUUAAAUAUUACAGAAUAACAAUAUUCAAUUUUAUUUCAAUUAUAAAACUGAUUAUAAUUUAUUGUAUUAUUGUACUUUUUGAAUAUUACUCCUUCUUUUGAAAUUGUUGCAUUGUUCUAAAUUUAUUAUAUACAAAUAUAAUAAGAUACAAAAUGUUACAUUUAAAUUUACUCAGAAAUAUCAAGUCUACUCUCAGUAAAAUCUCAAAUUUUUCAACAAAUUCAUCACUUAGAUUAGAUAUGUCAUGGAGAACAUUGUAAGUAGUUAAAUGUACUAAUGCACUAUAAUAAUAUAUUAGUUUUCAAUAUUAUUAACAUAUGACAAUAUUGUAUUUUUUAAUAAUAUAAUUAAUAUUUAUAUAAAAAAAACCCAUAUUUUUUUAAAUUAUUUACAUUGUUAAUAUUAUACUAAAGUAUGGAACCUGCAAGCAUUUGUGUGGUUAUUACAAUUUGUAUUUUGAUAAUGUUUGCAAUAUUUAACCUUACUUCAAUAAAGGGAAAAAUAGUCUCAAAAUAGGUACCUACCUUUCUUUAAAUACAUUUUUAAGUAUUCAGAAAUAUCGGCAUUAACUACAAUAAAAAAUAUUCCAAAAAUCAAAAUUUGAAUAUAAUAUGCAAAACUUAACCCAAAAAUAGGGUUGCUCACACCUAACCUUACCUAACUGUAUUUUUACAGACUAUAGAAAUCCGGAAAGUAACUAACUAUAUAGUCACAGACUGUAUUCUACCAGAAAAAUAUGUACAUAAACUGUAUGGUCCUGGACUGUAAAAAUCCAACCAUACUAAAAAAAUAUAAUUUUUUUUUUCGUAACAAGGCAACUCUGUCCCACCUCAGAAAAUUGUAUUGGUGACUGGGUAGAAUCGGCAUCAAAAGAUAUUUAAACCGAACUAUUGAGUAUUUGGUUCAGUUUGAUUCAAAAAUCGAACAGUUCGUCACAUCUCUAAUAUCAAUAAUAAUUAUGUAUUUAAUAAUAUCAUGAACUCUGUAUACCAGAUACAAGGUAUAGUUCAGUUGGUAUACGUAUUAGCUAUUAUUAUUAAUGUAGUUCACUGUAACUAAUAAAUUGUAAAUAUUAUACUAUAAAAGUAUGCCAUAUACAGGGUGAUUUCUUUAUCAUGAACCAGCGAUUAUCUCAGAAGAUUUUAAGUACAUACUUAUGAUUUUCAAAUAGGAAUCCUCCUUUUGAACAGAUUUGAAUAGAAAAUAUUUUUCUAGAAAUUUUUAUAUGCAUUAUAAUACUAAUAUCAGAUUUACCGUUUAUGAGUUAUAACAGCAAUUUAAAGUUUAGACCGGAGAAAUAGGGAAGGUUAAUAAAUUACCUAUCUAGUAUCUAUAUAAUGGUAUUAUGGACAGUAAUAGAUUCUAUUAUGUCAAUGAAUAUUGAAUUUCCAUGCACGAAUGUAAGAAAACUUAAUAUCCCCGUGUAAAAGUUAACGUUAUGUUAUAUAAAGCAACAAUUCUCAAUUUGUGGUACGUGAAGACAUUUUUUGACAAGUGAAAAAAAAAAGUUAUUAGUUAUAAUGUCCAUGUAAUCCAUAAAUAAUAAUAAAAAUAAUAACUGUACUUUUGUAUAUUAAAUGCUUAUAAUUAUGUAGAUUUAAUAAUAAAAAGAAGUCCCAAACUAAUAUACGGGUGUAGCCACUGUUAUAGAUAAUUUAAUGUACAAUUGUAAGCAACGAUAAACCAUUGCUUAUAAAAAAACAUUCUGAGCGAGUUCAAUUGAUUGACGACAUUUUCAUUUUUUUAGUAAAAAAUUGCCACUUAAUCCAAUGGAUAAAGGUGUUCUAACUGAUGGUGCAGAUUACAUCUUUUUAGAUGGCCGUCCCACUCCAUUUAGUAUGAAACAAAAACGAAAGCUGUUACUACAAAGAGAAUUUGCUGUAAGUUAUAUACAAAAUGUGAUAAAUUUAAAGAUAUAAAUAUUAUUAUUAUAUUAAAUAUUAAAGCUGUAAUAAUAAAAAUUUUAGAAAAAGAUUGUUGAACUCAGUGAAAGUUUGGACAUUGCAAAGGAACGUUAUGCAAAGAAAGUUGGAAAAAGUGAUCAAGAUAUAAAACAUGUAUUGAAUAGAAAACUCAAGCCAAAAGGCAAUAAACAUAUUGUUAAAGCAUAGUCUUCAUGUAUUUAAAUAUAAAUAUAUAUUAUGUAGAAAACAAUUUUUGUACAGAAAAUUAUCUAUAAUUCAUUAUUACAAAUAAUAUUAUACAACAAUUUUAUUUUAGAAUACUUUUGCUUUUAAUCGAAAUGCAUCCCUGAGUAUAUAAUUAUCCACAUCACCUAAAAUUAAACAAAACAAAUUUAGUUUAGAAAAAAUUAAUAAAAUAAUAUACUGUGAAAUUUUAAUUAACAGACUAAUUAACGUCAAGGAUACGUGCAGGUACACAAAUAUCCAUAUAAUUAAAAUGUAACACAUUAAAAAUUAUACAUGUAUAUAUAUAUACAGUGUCCCACGAAGAUUUACCCAUUUUAAUAUCUCCGGAGAUAGUAAAGAUAAUCAUAUUCUGUUGUUUUUUUUUAUAUAUAUAUUACUCACUGGGAUAAGAACUACAAAUAUUUAUGUUGCAAUUAAUUUUUUAUAAUAAAGUAAAAACAAAAUUACUAUAACAGUUAAUACUCAUAAAUAAAUAUAUAAAUAAAAAAUUUAUAUUUACUAGGCAACGCAUUCAUUUAUUUUAUUUUUAAAUAUAAAUUUUAAUUUUAUUAUUUUUGAAAAAAAUUGAAGAUAGCCAUUUAAAAGAUGCGUUUUUAUUCUUUUCAGCAUUUUGACUUAUCAACUUUAUUUUCAUUAGAUUCGUGAUUUUUUAAAGUUCAGAGAAAAGAAUUGCACAGUCAAUUAAUCAUAAUAAUAAUUAGAGAAUAUAAUUAUAGCCUACUGCAUAAUAAUUAUAAGUACUUUUCUCUGAACUUUAAAAAAUUAUUAAAAAUCACAUCAAAAUUUUCAAAAAAAUCAACUCUAUAAAAUUACUAUUUUCAAUUUAUGUAAAAAUAAUAAAAUAAAGUUAUUUUUUAAGUUUUUCAUCAAAGCAUAAAAAAUACAAUAAAAAUACUUGUAGUCCUUAUCACUGUGAGUACAAAAUACAGAAUUUGAUUAUCUUUAUUAUUUCCAGACAUAUUACAAUAGGUAUAUCUUUGUGGGACACUUAUGUAUGCAGUAAAUGAUUCACCCGACUGCUCAAGUUACAUAAUAAUUUGUUUAGUACAUAAAUUAAUGAAUAGAACGUAUUUUAAAAUUGCAAAUUAUAAUAGAUUCGCCAAAAAACAAAUCGCCUGAUUAAGAUAUAACUGGGAUUAAUUUUUAAAAACAUGAACAGAUAUUAUUAUACAAGUAGUACCCAUUUGUUUUCUCUUUUAUAUUUUAACAGGUAUGUAGCCAGGAUUUAAUUGCAGGGGAGGGUUCAAACAUAAUAUUUAUCUCCAACUACCAAUAAUCUAAUUUUUCCUGUGGGGGUCCAAGCCUCAUUAACUUCCCUGGCUAAGUGCUUGUAGUUCAGCACCUCUAGCCACAUAUUAACUUUUGGAUUGUAUAACCUACCUCUUAUUAUUUCCAUUCAUUUCUAUUAUGAAUAAAUUCAGGAUAAGCACUUGAUCUGAGCCAAUCUCGCCAAACUCUAGCUAUGACUUUAAAAAUAUGAUUUAGAUAAAAUAUACAUACCAAAAAUCCAGCUAACGAAGUUACAAAUCCUUCUUUUGUUAAUUCCCAAGUUCCGCCAAAUUCUUCUUCAUCAAUUUGUUGAAAAUUGGUAAAAUACGCAUAUAAAACUACUGCGUUGAGCACUAAAAACCUAAUUAGUAAAUCAAAUGUUUUUAAAGAAGUAACAUUUUAAAAUAUGUAAUUCAUUGAAGGUUAUAAUUCUUACAGUCCCAAUCCAAAUAAUCCUUUUAAUGGUAUGAGACCCCACAAUAACCCAGCAAUAAGACCUAUAAUUUGUCUUGCCCAAUAAAUUACAUCAAGAAACUCAUCCUAA